AUGCGCCAGUACCUGUGCACCUACGUGCCCCUCUGCUCACAAGGUGUCCUGACGUUCUCCUGCCUUGCCACGCCCACCACCUCAACAAACAGGGUGGAGCCUGUGUCCUGGAAGCCGCGUGCCUUUGUCUUCCACAACUUCAUGACAGAGGAGGAGGCAGACCAUAUCGUGGCACUGGCCAAGCCAUUCAUGAAGCGCAGCACUGUGGUAGGGGCGGGCGGGGCGAGCGUCGAGGACCAGAUCCGCACCUCGUACGGAACCUUCCUCAAGCGGCUGCAGGACCCGAUCGUGACGGCGGUGGAGCAGCGGUUGGCAACUUGGACCAAGCUGAAUGUGUCGCACCAAGAGGACAUGCAGAUCCUGCGGUACGGCAUCGGUCAGAAGUACGGUGCGCACUACGACAGCCUGGACAACGACUCGCCCCGCGUCUGCACCGUGCUGUUGUACCUGUCAGAUGUGCCUGCCGACGGUGGCGGCGAGACGGCGUUCCCGGGGGUGAGGCGGCAGGCCUUGUAUCCGAAGAAGGGAGAUGCCCUGCUCUUCUAUUCGCUGAAGCCCGAUGGCACCUCUGACGCAUACUCCCUCCACACCGGCUGCCCCAUCAUUUCCGGCGUCAAGUGGACGGCCACCAAGUGGAUACAUACCCUGCCCUUCCGGCCCCACCUGCUGGGCAAGGAGCAGGCCGAGGCAAUUGUCUACCCUGAGGAGUGCAAGGACGCGCAGGCGGAUUGCAAGGCCUGGGCCGACGCAGGCGAGUGCGAGAACAACGAGCAAUUCAUGCGCGGCGACGCCUUCACCCUGGGAAACUGCCGCGCCUCGUGCGGUGACUGCGAGGUGUGCGCGGAUAACGACAUUGGUGAGUGCAGUGUUGCUGUCGCUGCAUCUUUUGCUGCACUCCUGGCUGUUAUCUGCCACUUCUGCCGCUGGUCUCUGCCGCUUGGCCCUCUUGGACUGCCUGCCCCUGCCUGGUGCCUGGCCUCGCUCUAA